AAUUUCUUGCAGAUAACGGGUUACUUUAUUUUUGUACAUUUGUCAAAUCUUGUAAUAAUAGUCAAGUUAUUUUAAUUCUACAUAAUAUUAAACUAAAAAAGACACUUUAAAAUCAACAUGCAGUUAUUAGUGCAAGAAACCAUGUGCAUUCUAUUUAUUACAAUUUUCGGGAAUAUUUUAUCUAUAGCGGUGUUGGGACGGAGUCCCGGUGUGAAAUCGAAUUUAAGAGAAAAUUCGAUGCAAAGAAUGCGCCGACAGGGUCCUAUAGUUCAACCUGAUUGGGCUAUCAAUCCGGAAAUAAACCUUUUUCAGGAUUAUAAUGUAAGGGUAACAAAUGAAAAGCUGGAAGAGACUGAAGCAAUAAGAGACUACAUACAAGAAACAGUUGAUAAUGGAACAUAUGUUGUUGAGCUUGAUGAAGAAGAUUUCGAAGAAGAAGAAAUGCAAGCAUUUGAAGAAACUCCCGGGGUAGAUUUAUCUCACCCAGAGCCAGAACACGAAGUUGAGUCGACAACCAAGAACAUACCCGCAACGAAGCCUGAACCACAUCCAAAUCCAGAACCAAAGCCGGUACCAGCAAUCAAACCCGUCCAAGAACCCCCACAACCAAGAACACCUUCUGAAUCGCAAAGAAAAUCCAAAUCUCCACCAAAAUCCUUCGCAUCACCAAGUGGAGGUCGGUUGUUUAUUUGGCUAAGAAAGAGAUUUAAUCGUUCGUAAAAGAAAACAAUUGUAGAAGCAAAUUUUAAGCAUGGCUUUUUGUUGUAUAUAUUUAAAUAUUUUUUUUUUAUUGGUACAAUAUUAGGUAUAAACGUUAGUUAAUAGAUAAUUUUAUAUAAUAUUUGUUUCAGUACAUGAUUUCAAUUUGUUUAAAAAUAAAAUAAUUUAGCUCAUA